AUGGAUGAGCUGCAGCGUCGCACUGAAAAAUUAUUCUAUCGAGUUCUUUGUGAAAAUGUAAAAGAAUUGAUGCCUAUUUCGGUUUGGCCUGCCAAAAAGUUUGGAUUCAUCUAUCGGGCAUCCAAAGAUACAGUGGUUUUCAUGUCUAAGAUUUAUCCUACUUAUGCACAAGGACUCUACAUAACCAUCAAUGACAACAGUAUUAGUAAAAUUUAUCAAAUUCUAUGCAAUUGGCCAAUACAGGACGUACAGGCUAUACAGUGGGUGCUUGAUGUUGGUAAACUGGGUCUCUAUGUUGCCCUUGGUGGAGUUCAACCUCAGUGGUGUCUUCCGGUUGUUCUCGACGUCGGCACUAAUAAUCAGUCGUGGCCGCAGUCAUGGGUUCUGAAGGAUGCCAAAGGAGAUGGGGAGGGGGAGACUCUACUCACUCAAGCAUCGGGAAAACUAAAAAAAUUGUUGGAUGACCCAUUCUACAUUGGUCUCCGACGCAAAAGAGUCCGCGGUCCAGAAUAUGACCGUCUGAUUGACAACUUCAUGAAGGCAGUAACCAAGAGAUUCGGUCGUGACACGCUGGUUCAGUUUGAGGAUUUUGCCUUUGCGAAUGCCUUUACAUUGCUGGACAGAUAUAAGAACGAUUAUUGCACGUUCAACGACGAUAUUCAGGGUACGGCGGCGGUUAUUGUCGCAGGUCUUCUGGCUGCAACUCGUGUCACCAAAACGAAACUGUCACAGCAAAAAAUAGUGUUCCUCGGGGCUGGAUCGGCCGGCUUGGGCAUAGCUGAGUUAUGCGUGAUGCAGAUGAUGGAUGAAGGACUAACUGAAGAACAAGCUCGUGAAAAGAUAUUCUUGUUGAACAGCAAAGGCCUGAUUACCAAGGAUCGUGCGAAAACGCUCACUCCCCGUCACCAGCUAUAUGGG